AUGGAAUCGGUGACAGAACCUCGACCAUUUCCAGCAAGCAGACAAGCCUUCCGUUCUUUAAAAAGUCCUCGCAAUUGGUCUGACAAAGUUACAAAUUACACAAUUCCUACAUUCAAUGGUGAGAUGACUCCAACCAAAACAUAUACUCACAGAAGUCAGCCAAUUGAUUAUUUCCAAGAUAUGUUUUCAGAACAAUUAAUUCUAUCUAUUUCUUAUAACACAAAUUUAUAUGCCUUACAUGCAACUGAUUGGACUGAAACAAAUGGAGCAGAAAUAAGUGCCUUUAUUGGAAUAGUUGUAAUGAUGGGUUUAUCCCCCCAAUCAGAUUUUGAAUUGUACUGGUCCACCGAUCCCUUUUUCAAAAAUGAUGAAAUAAGCAAAGUUAUGCCUCUACGGAGAUUCAAAAAAAUUUUGCAAUAUUUACAUGUCAAUGAUAACACUACUGCAGCCAAGUAUGGAGAGCCUAACUUUGACCGUCUGCAUAAAAUUAGACCCAUGUUGACUGUACUAAAUCAAUCAUUUCAAGAGAACUGUGUACAGUCUCAAAAACAGUGCAUAGAUGAAAGUAUGGUCAAAUUUAAGGGACGCAGUGUUAUGAAACAAUAUAUGCCACAAAAACCCAUAAAACGUGGCUAUAAAAUUUGGGCAAGGUGUGAUUCUCAUUCAGGGUACUUACAUGAAUUUGAUAUAUAUGUAGGUAAAGAUCAUUCAGCACCAGCACCGGAAGAGGGCCUAGCUUAUAAUGUUGUGACAAAAAUUUGUCGAAAUGUUCCUGCUGAUACACUAAUUACAUUCGAUAACUUUUACACAAGUGUCCCCUUAGUUCAGGCUCUCUAUGAUAGAAUUAUCUACUCUACUGGUACUAUAAGAUCAGAUAGAAAAGGCCUGUCAGAAGAAGAAAGAAAUAAACGUACCCGACCUAAACUUAAGAUUGGUGAAUUCACAUUUAAACAUUCAAAUCCAUUAUCUUAUGUUAAGAUGGAUGAAUACAAAAGAUGUCCAGGUAUUGACUACUGCUGA